UGGUGUUUGGAGAUAUCUAAGAUGCAGAAACUGCGUCAAAAACCUUUGAUUUUUUCGUUGCAUUCAAACGUAGCAUAUGAGCAAAACGCAUGUAUUAGUUUGACCAAACGAUCAGCAUCUAAUUCAUUUACAGAUGUUACAUCCGAAUGCAAAAAGCGAAUAGUAUUAAGUUGAGUGAUCUCAUUUGUCUUGUCAUAGUUAGAAUCCAAGGUACCAAAUAUGGAUUUUGAAAAUAAUCAAUUGGACCAAUUACGAAAACAAAAAUAAUUUAUUAAACCGGACCAAAAUAAUUCCCAAACAACAACCAUCCUAACCACCAUGUAUAUGUUAAUCCAACAACUUAUUGAAUGAUUGACUUCAUGCGAGAAUAUUAAAAACCUACAAAUAAAAUACAAUAAAGGAAAGAAGAAAGUGUUGAGAAUGUUAUGCAAACAUGGCCAGCUCAAUGUUUAUAUUGAUUAAGAAGUUGUCUCUUCUCAAACCUGUUUUUGUAUUUUCUGCUUUAUUAUUAGGGAUGAAACAAAUAUCCAUCUUUAGUUAGAGAAAAAAAAUCAGAAUUGUGUUGAGAAAUGAAAGGAAGGGCCUACGUAAUGAUCUUCUUCUUCUGGGCUCUUCUCACUAUCAUCACCCCAAUGCUAGUUAGCUGGUCUCAGGCUCUCAAAGAACAUAAUAAAAAGGACUCCGGUCCAAGGAGAAUGAUGGGAUAUUCAGCAGAAAUGAUUUUGACAAGAGAGAUUGUUGAACGCUUAGAAGAAGAAGUAGAGUUGAUGAUGAAGCCGUCAAUGGCGCCUGCCCCUGAAGAUAGCUCUGUUUUACCAUCCAAGAAUCAAACUUCGAAGGGGAUAAACCAACAAGAAGGAUCAGUCACUAAACAUAAACCUCCCAUGAGUUUGCGAUAAAUUUCUUUGAAUAUUUUCUUUUUAUAUGUCUAUUUCCGCGACUAUAUUUAACUUGUUCAUAAGCACUCGGUUUGUUUUUGGAUAUACUAAAGUUAAUUAAUGGUGGUGAGAGUUCUUGUACAUAUGUUAAAUUGGCAUUCGUUUGGACUUUGGAAGAACUUUAUGUUUCUACGUUCUUGGUAGAAAGAUAUAGAAAUGAUUAUUGUGUUAUUAGUUUAGUAACGAGUUGGUGAACAAAGAAAAAAAAGAACAGGUGCU